AUGCCGUUAUCAGCCCCGAGGCGCGUCGGCGCUUCCAUCAAUAUCGAUACCGGCAGCAAGGGAAGUAGGAGGGAGAUCCCCCCCCGGCGGAGUCUCUCCAGGACAGAGACGUCUCGCCCGACCAUAAAUACGACGUUCGCUGCGGGCCGGGCGCUCAAUGGACGAUCGGACCCGAGGGAGACUUUUCUAGACGAUAUCACACCCAUCGAUUCGGUGAACAGAGGAGGCAAUGAACGGGAAGGCGGAGGAGGGCGUCGGGACUCCCACGACCUAUCUUUGAGCCCGCGCCAAGUGACCCGCGAUUCGCUGGUCGAUAAUAUGCUGAUGUCCUUCGACCAAUUUGCGUACGGGAACGAGAGAGACGUCUACGGCAGAAAACUCACACACGAUGAGGCGCAGUUGUAUGCAUCCUUCGCAGGCCCGGACUCGUAUCAGCCAACCCAGCAUUUGGCGUCGAGAAACGGACAUGGCGCGGGGCAUACGUAUUCGUUCAGCUCCGACUUCGACUCUGCGGACGACCUGUCUCGACAUCCCGGAGGCUCCCUCUCGCGAGAAAGGAGGAGUAUGAGCAUUUCCAACUUCCAGAGUAACUUGGGCAGGGGGAAUAGCCUGCGGAAGGACGGCACGGCAUCGUUCUCGGGCUCGAGAGCUCCACCGCCGCAACAAGUCCCCCAUCGAGUACUACAUACCCGGAGUGGAAAGGGAAGCAAGGGAAACAGUGCUACGAGUGUUGAGUUGGGUUACGCGCAAGGGACAGGCAAUCAACGCUGGGUACAUGGACAGGCUGGACGCUCUUCGAGCUUCGACUACGGGAGCGACCGAGCUGCGAUGAAUGUGACCUCGCACGCCGGGCCUCGACAAAUUGAGGCAGUGGCUCCCUCUUUCAACCAAUACGACUACGAUGCGGCGCCGACGCCUACCAUACCCGUCGGUCCUCGAAGGAUGAUGCCGCCGUCGGCAGCAAUGGGCCCAGUGACAGAUUCGGUGCAGCCAGAGCCGCCACAAAAGCUGGAGAGGAGACGGAGCACCAAAUCUUCCAAAAGCGGAUACAAGGGGAGACUGGGAGCAAAUAACCCAGCAAGGUUCGAUCACGGUCUGAUCGAUUGUUCUCGUGAGCUACCGCCCAUGCCCGCGUUCAUCAAGGAAUCCGCAACGGCUCCAGCACCGCUGGGCGGCGGUGGAAGAUCCAAGGAACAGAGCACAACCCGUGCGCAACCUAAGGAGCGGCCUGGAUUCUUUAGGAGAGUUUUUGGCUCGAGGAGUAGCCCUGCGGUGCCGACUGCCUCUCCGCCCUCGCACGGUUCCACGACAUCUGCUGAAACGACGGAUCGGCCGCGUGGCCGUCCCCAGCAUAUCGGCACCCAGAUCAAGGUACAACAUACGCAGUCGCCACCGGAAGUUCCUCCUUCGCCCCCACCGAGAGAGCAAGCGCAUGUUCUCUCCAAGAGGCCCUCAUCGUUCUUCAGGCGGCGGAAGAAGUCUAUUCGUGAGGCCGAGCCCCCAGUCCCUACGGUCCCGCAUUUCGCGUCACAGAUUACUGAGAGGGAGCCGUCGAGGGUGGCUCCGAGCCCAGUCAGUAGCCUCCGGACAGUCAUGAAUCCAUAUCUGAAGACCCCGGCCCGAACCCCCGUCGAAAUAGCGCCCCAUGCUGCUAUAGACCGGCAAAUGAGUGACAGCCCGGAGCCCAAUGAUCGGACCGUGAGGGGCUUCUCUCCAGACUACGAUCCCGACCGGAGCGCGACCAUCAGGGCUGUGCGACCAGUCGAGCGGUAUUCAACGGACAAUUCGUCAGUCCCGCCUCCGACUCAACCAACUCCGGCAUCCACUUCGCAGACCGGAAUGUCUCGCCAGGGCAGCUCGAGGGACGUAGGCCACGCUAAUUUCCUGCCGAACAGCAGUGAUAAUGAUCCGGGCACAGAUUCCACCCCAAACUCAGUACAUGGUCCCGAGAAGAAAUGGUUUGCUGAACAUACCAUUUUACCGCCGUCGGUUUCGAAGCAGAUAGCGCUGGUCGCAGAUUACGAGAGAGCGUAUGUCAGACGCUCGCCCUCCGCAACAAAGCCAGAAAUGGGCCGGGCAUCACCGACCAAUGAUUCCCCUCGCAGCCCCACCUCGUCUAAUUCAAGUAUAGAACCGACAUCAACGCGAGCAGAAGCGCCCGCGAAGGAUGAAGAAUGGGUGAUGCUGACGCCAGAAAAACUGGGGAGCCAGCAAGAUGUCCAGGAAAAUCGUGUCUACCUUGAAGCUUCAUCAUCGUCAGAAGAAGAUGGCACAGAGCCGGCCUCGGGCUUGAAUUCGACCCCGGAAGAAUUACGAAGCAGCAUAGUUUCUGGGUCGACUGAGACGGCAUACAAAUCCGCAACCAGCCUGCCGAUUCUGCAAAUCGAGGGCAGAGAAGAGAGCGCGUCUCCAUCACAGAAGAGCGGGCUUCUAUCGGAUGCCGACUGCUGCAAACCUUUCGAUUCCGAGAGCACGGUUACGGACGAGACUUUACCAAGCGAGGGUGACCGCGAUAAUGCAAGAAAGAUAUAUGAUGGCAAUGAAGACUUCAUUCUGAAGGAGAGAGCGGCUGCCUGGCUCGGAGAAGACAACCCCAUUCACCUGCGAACAUUGGUGGCUUACAUGGAGCUUUACAAUUUCACCAACCUGAACAUUCUUGCUGCGCUGCGUCUCAUGUGCGGCAAGUUAGUUCUGAAGGCCGAAAGUCAACAAGUCGAUAGGAUUCUGAUCAACUUUUCCAAGCGGUGGUGUCAGUGUAACCCUAACCAUGGGUUCAAAGGGAUCGACAUCGUCCACACGAUCUGCUAUUCGAUCCUCCUGUUGAAUACAGAUUUGCAUCUUGCGGAUAUCGACCAAAAGAUGACCAGGAGCCAGUUUAUAAAGAAUACCAUGCCCACAGUCCGGAGAAGCGUGGCGGAUUUGCCGCCCGACACGUUUGACCCAUCAAGGCCUUCGAUCUUGCCCGGGAAGGGUUCAACCUUCGAGUCUAUCAAGUCGGAUGAUAGCUGCCCGGCGAGUACAGAGAAACAUUCGGUCGAAGUCGAACGCCCCUCGUGGAGAGCAUCCUUCAAACCUGCUCCGCGGAUGGACUCGGACGGGACAGUGCCCACGCCGCUGGACUACGACACCCCUGUUGAUGAUUGCGGGCCGCUGGUCAAAGCACCCUUCAAUGGUACCUUACGAACAUGGGAGGUACAGGUCGAGAUCGUGCUGAAAGAUUUCUACAACUCUAUCCGGAGUGAACGCCUGCCCUUGUUCGGCGCGACUACAGACAGAUCGCUCCUUCAGGCCCCUUCGUCGAACAGCCUGUCACUAUUCACGAAUGGGGUGCUGCGAAGAUCGCCCAGUGUGUUGAGCAAAGCGCCAUCAGAAGCUCAGAGUUAUGUGCGGGGCAGAACAGCCGAGACAUUACGAGUGGGCAACGGCAAAUGGUCGAGUAAGAAUCGGUCCCGACCUCGUCUGUAUUCCGGUUCGGGAAUAAAUUCCAGCCGAACCAGCCUGGACGAUCAAUCUUCCACGUGGAGCCCAUCUGUUUCAACCAGUACGUGGAGCAAGUACUCGCUUGGAAAGACGCCAACAUCCAUGUCUGUUGACUCUAUUGGCUCGGGAUUUGUUCAGGGUGACUACCAGCAGUCCAUCGGGUUCGCCAAUGCUCUCAGCCAAGCAAUCAUCCGCGAGGAGACCAUCGGAAGUGCUGGGAGUACGGGUAGUGAGCGUGGAGAGUACGACGAGCCUCGGGUUGCCCCUUUGCUGGAAGAUGAAUCUCUGGAGUUGCAUGGGGCUCCAUGGGCGAAAGAAGGAAUUGUCAAGCACAAGCAUCACCUGGAGGCUCUGGAUAAGAAAGCGAAGGACCGCAAUUGGAACGAGGUAUUUGCCGUGAUCGAGAAGGGCUACAUGAGCUUGUUCUCCUUCUCGUCCAAGAGCAAGAGCAAGGGCAAGGCUGCUGGAGGAGUCGUCGGGGGUGGUAAUUGGCAGGAGAACGCCAAGAGCCUCGGCUCAUUCCUCCUCAGGCAGACCAUUGCCAGUGCGCUUCCAUCGCCAGGAUAUUCUAAGGCGCGUCCCCAUGUCUGGGCCCUGUCACUGCCAACGGGAGCUGUUCAUCUCUUCCAGGUCGGUACUCCGGAUAUCGUCAAGGAGUUCGUUUCGACGGCCAACUAUUGGAGUGCCCGCCUAUCGAACCAUCCCCUUGUGGGCGGCAUCUGUAACAUCGAGUAUGGUUGGUCCGACGCCGUCGUUAACAACUCGCUGGUCCACGCUAUCAACGAGUCGACCAGACCAUCGACCAGACAUAGCAUGCAGAGUUCUCGAUCUCUACGCUCUAGCGUGGAUCAUCCCUACGGUACAUCCUUCAAAGCUCGACUCCCUGGAGACAAGAUCACCAUCUCGGACUGGACACCACCAACUCAGAGCAUGAGGGCAAGCAACCUGAUGGAGGCCGAUCAAUUGCGCACUCUGUCGGACUAUGUUGCUGGUAUUGAGGAGGAGCUGCAAAAACACAACGAGUUGCGAAGCCCUAUGUUGCUUGCCUUUACCCCACGGCAUCCUAAUUCCCAGAAAGCCAUGGCAAACUGGGAAAGAAAAUCCUCUUAUCUUCUCCGCGAGAUUGUCAAGUUUACCACGUACAUCGACUGCUUACAAGCUGCCGAGGCGGGCAAGCAGGCAAUAUACUCGGAACGCGCAGAACGACUCGUACCUGAGGGCAACGACGAUGAUAGCGAUGAUGAUGCUAAUAAUACGCUCCGACCAGAGUAA